GCAUGAGAAAGCUGGGUUUGUGAGGUUGGUCAAGCACUGCUGUCUUUUGAUUGCUUUCAAACCAAAGAAAGCCAGGAUUUCCUAAUGACUAGAAUGGGGAGUUCUCAACAGAUUGAUCUCCAGCGGGGGACUGUCUAUUCUUUGGAAAUAAGCUGGACACAGAAGCAGGGAGAAAAACAUUUUGGUGGAGCAGUUUUCGCUUAGACCUCAUCUGGUUUUCAGGACAAGCUUGAACUAGACAGGGAGGGACGUAAAUCUGACAUCCAGUGGGUGAGUUGACAUGGACCCAUUCUGUCUGGACAGAAGCUUUGGGUUCUUGAAGCCCCAGUGCUCGCUGGCUCCCCCAAUGCAGCGAGGUCACUCAGCUGAGGUCUGUUCGUGCUUCAGCGGAGUCUGCCCCCUCCAUCAGCGCCGCUUGUCCUCAGAUUCAUCUGGUCAGGUGUCCUCGUCACUGCUGGGCUCACCCACGUCCCAUCGAGGAAUUCACCCAUCUCUGCUUAGUCCAACCACCAUGGGGCCUUCGGGCCCGCUCCACUCUCCUAUCAACAGCUUGAGUUCCCCGAUGAACGGCCUGGCAUCACCCUUCUCGGUUAUAAGCUCACCCAUGGGUCCCCACUCUCUAAACUCACCAGGCAUGGGCUACGGUCCCAGCGUCAGUCCCCAGCUGAACUCUCCAAUGAACUCGGUCAGCAGCUCCGAGGACAUCAAGCCGCCGCUGGGCCUCAACGGCGUGAUGAAGGUGCCAGCCAAACCCUCAGGCAUGGCCCUGUCACUCACAAAGCACAUCUGCGCCAUCUGCGGCGAUCGCUCUUCAGGUAAACACUAUGGUGUGUACAGCUGCGAAGGCUGUAAAGGUUUCUUCAAAAGAACUGUGCGUAAGGAUCUGACCUACACCUGCCGCGACAACAAGGACUGCAUCAUAGACAAACGCCAGAGGAACCGCUGUCAGUACUGCCGGUACCAGAAGUGCUUAGCCAUGGGGAUGAAGAGAGAAGUUUUGUUACACGCAGCUGUUCAGGAGGAGCGUCAGCGAGCGAAGGAAAAGAGCGAGAACGAGGUGGAGUCCACCAGCUGUGCAAACGAGGACAUGCCGGUGGAGAAGAUCCUGGAGGCCGAAGAAGCGGUGGAACCCAAAACAGAGACCUACAUCGAGACCAACCUAAGUGUGCCAUCCAACUCGCCCAACGACCCAGUGACAAAUAUCUGUCAAGCAGCUGACAAGCAGCUCUUUACCCUGGUGGAGUGGGCCAAAAGGAUCCCGCACUUCUCCGACCUGCCGCUGGAUGAUCAGGUCAUCCUGCUCCGAGCAGGUUGGAAUGAACUCCUCAUUGCAUCAUUCUCACACCGUUCCAUAGCGGUGAAAGACGGGAUUCUGCUGGCGACGGGGCUGCACGUCCACCGCAACAGCGCCCACAGCGCCGGAGUCGGAGCCAUCUUUGACAGAGUUCUCACAGAGCUGGUGUCAAAGAUGAGGGACAUGCAGAUGGAUAAGACAGAACUGGGGUGCCUUCGAGCCAUUGUUCUUUUCAACCCAGACUCUAAAGGUCUUUCUAAUCCCGGUGAAGUGGAAGCCUUGAGAGAGAAAGUCUACGCAUCCUUAGAGGCCUACUGCAAACAGAAGUACCCCGAGCAGCCGGGCAGGUUUGCCAAGCUGUUGCUGCGGUUACCGGCGCUGCGCUCCAUCGGCCUCAAGUGUCUGGAGCACUUGUUCUUCUUCAAGCUCAUCGGGGACACGCCCAUCGACACUUUCCUCAUGGAGAUGCUCGAAGCGCCGCAUCAAAUGACAUAAUAGCUGACAGCCCCGCCCACUUCCUGUUCCCUUCAUCACCUGUACCCCAGGAUUUUUUUUUUUUUUUUUAAGUUUUCAUCAAGGGACAGACAUAAAGACUGUGGAUGGAAAACCCUCCCACCUUCCUCCCCUCACCUCUUGGAUGUGUCUCAAAACUUAAACUGCAACACGCUAAAGGGUUUGUUUUAUACUUUGUACAAAGAUAUAAAUAAGAAAUAUAUAUAAUGAAAAUAGGUCACACCCAAACAGCAACAAGAAUGACAUCACAGGACUAAAGGUGGUGGACAGAGCAGCCGUACUGAGCCAUUUGCUUACCAGCCUGACGAGAAAAAGCAGCAAAACCGGCAGGUAUGCUCACCUGAAUGAUGUCACUUUCGACGAGGACAAUCGUAGACUCUCCAGGGGAUGUUUCGACUCGGACCUUUUUGGGUUUCCGACCGCCUGCCCGGCCCGCUGCUGAAGGGUCGGAGGCGGUUCAGCAAGUGCUCACAAAGCUCAGGUCUCCGCCCAGCAAAUCCAACCAUGUCUUACUGUAUCAGCACUGUGCAAGGAUGUGUGAGCAGUCCACUAACUUAAGAGCUGACGGAGAACGGCCUGCAGUGUACAAUCCACGCAGCUCUGCGCGCUGCUCCUCUAGCUUUACGCUACAGCCGGACGGCGGGCACAGGGACGGCGUCUGUCCAAACCUUCUUCUGUGCAGCACAUCUGGAUGUCUGAAAAGUGAUCCUUAAUGUCGGUUCUACUCAUUUCAUGUGAACACACCAGACUGCACAUUCAGAAAUCCAAAAAAGAAAAACACCUCAUAUCUACCUGUACGGAAAGUUACAAGUGUAUACAAGAUUUUUUUCAGUUUUCACUGUAACAUUUACCUCUGUGUUCAUUUACCUCCUGUACGGGAGAAGCGCUUGUUUGUUUGCUGCAGCAGAGUCGCUCUUUUGUUUUUGUUUGUCUGUUUGCUUCUCGGCACUUAACCUGGUGGCAGAGGAGUCGACUUGGCACUUCUACGGAUUUGGUUGGAACUGUAGAGUUACGUAUAAACGUGCUUGACGCCCGUUUUUUUUUUUUUUUUUUCCUCUGUCUCAAAACGUUGCAGCUCAAAAACUAUGCAUGGAGUGCAUUUCCAAAGAUCGGGAGGUGGGCGUCCGCAUUGUUCAAAGAGUUAAAGGUCAAUCUGUUCUGGUUUUUUCACCCCAAAACGUCUAUUGAGGAACAACUCUUUUUUUUUUCUUUUUUUAGAAGAGCUCAUCAUCAAAUUUCUUAGCAGGAUGUGAGAAAAGUAAAAAUGGAUUUCCGCCUCACACAGGAACCUUUGCUGCACUUUCUCUGGCACCUUGACACAUCUUUAAAAAAAAA